GUCGCUCUUCCACGUCACCCGGUUAGGAACAUGUCUUCAACGGGAAGGACCAACGCUGCUUGAAAUUCCCCGCUUCGAACGUAGGGAACGGAGUUCAAGUUCCACAGUCGUGCAUCGUGAAUACAAGUUUCACGUGUACGUCUGCUACGCAAUCCCAUAGACGAAUACUCCAUAUAAAGGCUCUGCGGUGCACAACGGUCUCCAACUUUCUUGUUUGUGCAUCUAUGUCUUCAAGCGUUGAAUCCUCCCUCGUCGUGGACAAGACCUACCAUCUCGCAGUCUGUCUCUUCCCCCGAGUGACAACCCUCGAUUACCAGGGACCCGUUGAACUUCUAGGAUGUUUUCCUUCAGAUCUCCGCGCGGAACCUAACUCCCAUCUUCAGUUUUUCAAAGACUAUCUUCCCCCUUUCGCUAUCGACGUGGAAUAUAUCUCUCAUUCGGAGGAUGCUAUUACGCCCGCUGCGGGCCCGAACGUCCUUCCAACAGGAACCUACGAAGGUGUAAUGAAUUCUGGGAGACAGUUCGAUAUAAUAUUGAUUCCGGGCGGUCUACUUUCUAAUCCUACCCAAGUACAUCCCUCGUUGCUGCAAUUUCUGAAACAGCAAGCUCCCGGAGUAAAACACAUCCUCACUAUCUGUACUGGAUCGUGGAUUCUUGCUGGAGCCGGGUUGUUGAACGGAAAAAAGGCUACUACCAAUAAAUCGAUGUACAACGUUGUCAAGGAAAGCACCAAAGACUUGAACAUUACCUGGAUUCCAAAAGCCAGAUAUGUAGCAAACGAUGACAUGAAGAUUUGGACUAGCUCUGGCGUUACUGCUGGUAUGGAUCUGGCACAUGCUUUCCUUGAAUAUCUCGCGGGACCCGAUAUUGCAAAUUCAUUAGGCAAUUUGCUGGAGAUGAACUAUAAAGAUGAGGGAGACGAUGAUUUUGCAGCGCUAUAUGGAUUGGUAUAAACCAGCUAGCUUGAAAGCCCCACUGUAUUCCGAUCUCUGCU